UCUCUCAGCACCUACCUGCCGCCAUGCUCGUCCUCCUGCCCCUCCUCCUCCUCCUCGCCGUCGCGUCCACGCCGGCGCCGGCAGCGGGCGACGGCGGGGCCGGGGCCCUGCCAGUGAUCAACCCCAUCUCCUGCCUUUGCAACUCCACCAGCGCCCGGCGGACCUACCAGCCCGACAGCGCGUUCGCGGCCAACCUCGCCAGCCUCUCCCGCGAGCUCCCGAGGAACGCCUCGGCGUCGGGCUUCUCGGCGGGGGCCUUCGGCGCCGGGCCCGGCACGGCGUACGGGCUCGCGCUCUGCCGCGGGGACUUCACGGGCGGCCGCUGCGCGUCGUGCCUCGAGGCCGGGUUCCGCUACGCGGAGCAGAACUGCCUCUCCAGCAGCGACGUCGCGGUGUACUACGACCAGUGCCAGCUCCGGUUCUCCGACCAGGACUUCCUCGCCGGCGGGGGCAACGCGCCGGAGAGCGCCGCGACGAACAUGAACAACGUGUCCGACGGGAACGCCGCCGCGUUCGACGCCCUGGUCACGCGGCUCGUGGGCGCGGUGUCCGAUGCGGCCAGCAAGGCGAGCAGGAGGUACGCCACGGGCCGGGCCGGGUUCCCGCCGCAGAAGAUGAACAUCUACGCCCUCGCGCAGUGCACGCCGGACCUGACGCCGCCGCAGUGCCGGGGGUGCCUCGCCGGCCUCAUCCGCGAGAUGCCGACGUGGUUCCCGGGGAGGAUAGGCGGGAGGAUUCUUGGGGUGCGCUGCAACAUGAGGUACGAGGACACUGUCUUCAUGGCGACAAGCGGCGACAUGGUGACGCUCACGCCCCUGGUGAAUUCUUCCAAAGGGAGCAGCACCACGCUGUGGGUCGUCGCGACCGUCGUCCCGGUGACACUGCUCCUCGCCUGCUUCCUGGCGUGCUUCCUCUGGAUCAGAAAGCGGAGGAGGAGAGUGACCAGCAUGCCGGGGACCGUGAGCGUGCCCACCAUGUCAAUGGAGAUGGAGCAGGUGCUCAAGCUCUGGCGGAUCGAGGAGAGCGACUCCGAGUUCUCGCUCUACGACUUCGACCAGAUCGCCGACGCCACCGACAACUUCUCCGACGACCACAAGCUCGGACAGGGCGGCUUCGGACCCGUCUACAAGGGUGAACUUCCCGGCGGACUGGAGAUCGCGAUCAAGCGCCUGUCGUCGUGCUCGGUGCAGGGGCUGAUGGAGUUCAAGACGGAGAUCCAGCUCAUCGCCAAGCUGCAGCACACCAACCUUGUCCGGCUGCUGGGCUGCUGCGUGCAGGCCGAGGAGAAGAUGCUCAUCUACGAGUACAUGCACAACAAGAGCCUCGACUUCUUCAUCUUCGACGCUGAGAAAGGGAAGAUCCUGACCUGGGAGCGGCGGUUCCGCAUCAUCGACGGCGUCGCGCAGGGCCUGCUCUACCUGCACAAGCACUCGCGCCUGCGGGUCAUCCACCGGGACCUCAAGGCCAGCAACAUCCUCCUGGACCGCGACAUGAGCCCCAAGAUCUCCGACUUCGGCAUGGCCAGGAUCUUCUGCUCCAACGUCACCGAGGCCAACACCACCAGGGUCGUCGGCACGCAUGGUUACAUCGCGCCGGAGUACGCUUCCGAGGGCCUCUUCUCCAUCAAAUCCGACGUGUUCAGCUUCGGCGUCCUGCUCCUCGAGAUCAUUACCGGGAAGAGGACCGCCGGGUUCUACCAGUACGGCAAAUUCUUCAACCUCACAGGAUAUGCGUACCAGCUGUGGCAGGACGGGAGGUGGAACGAGGUGCUGGACCCGGCGCUGGGCGGCGACGUGCCCGUGCCGGAGGUGAUGAAGUGCCUGCAGGUGGCGCUGCUGUGCGUGCAGGACAGCGCCGACGACCGACCCAACAUGUCGGAGGUGGUGGCCAUGCUGGGCAGCGAGGGGAUCACCAUGCCGGAGCCCCAGCAGCCGGCCUACUACAACGUCCGGAUCAGCAGCCUCGCCGUGUCGUCGGACUCGUUCGGCGAGUCCUCGUGCAGGAUCAGCAACAUCACCCUGACGGAUCACGAGGAAGGCAGGUAGAUACAUGUUCUCCGCGUUUCAGUUCUAGGCCAGCAACUGUACAGGACUGCUAUAUGAUCAGAAUUCAUCAGAGACACGGAAAAAAAACAUAGAAAAGGAUCAGGGUAUAGGUUAACAUAGUUGAUGCAAGAAACGACCAUGCCCAUCGACGUGUUAACGAAAGCUUUAAUUUCUUCUCGAGUCUUGACCAGCUCCAGCAAUUUUUGGUCCAUUUUGGAGUGAUUUCAGUGGCUAGCUGAUCUGUAUUCUGUAAACAUGAUAUUUGUAUGGGUACACUUCAGUAUGUGACAGUAGCUGUGAACUUGUAUGUGCUUACAGUGCUAUUCUUAUAUGGAGUAUAUCUCUGUACAUAUUCUGAACCUCUGAAUAAGAAUAACAGUGUUCUUUUUAA